AUGAAUCCAACGUCAUCAUCUACUACAUCUACAGACGAAGAUCCUUACAAAGUCCUAACUCAGGGAAUGAGGGCCGUUGAAGGUUCGUUAAAGGGGUUGCUUAGGACUCAUGAUGAAUUCAUGAUUCAGAAUGUGAGAAUAGUCAACAAUUUAUCUUCAAUGUCGAAGCUUAGCGAAGAAAUAGACUCAGCAAAAGCAAAGCUGAAAGAGAAUAAUCGUUCGUCUUAG